AUGCUGCAUCCAUGCUGCAGCAAAAUGUGCAGCAGCAGAAGCAGAUGCAGCAGCAGAAGUAGAAGCAAGAGCAGCAGAAGUAGAGGCAACACCAGCAGCACGUGCAACAGCAGCAGAAGCAGCAACACCCGCAGCAACAGCGCCAGAACGCGCAGCAGAGAGAGCAGCACAUGUUGCAGCAGCAGCAGCAGCAGCAGCAGCAGCAAGCGUAGGAGCAGGGGCAGCAGCUGCUGCUGUUGUGUCCCUUACAAUCGGCACCAUGUGUCUUUCGCCGACAAGCAAAGGCUAGUGUGCACUAGGCCGUCAGCAGCAGCAGCAGCAGCAGCAGCAGCAGCAGCAGCAGCAGCAGCAGCAGCAGAAGCAGCAGCAGCAGCAGCAGCAGUUGUAGAUAUUCACUUGCAUGCAUGGAUUGCUUGCGCAUCCAGCUCCUUUUGCGCACUCGAUUAUCAAAUAGAAACAUUUCUUUUUGUCGAAAAUUAA